CGAAGCUCUACACCCGUCAAUCCAUGAGCACUUGCCUCCGCACUAUUUGCCGCCAUGACAGAGUAUGAAUCUAUCAAACUUGAUCAUGAGAAACACUUGCUCCUUGAUCAGCCCCUCCUUCGACUGCCUACUGAGCUCUCCCGACACAAUCUCAAGACCGCUCAAAUACAGAUAAAAAGCGCUCAAGAUAAGGUGACAGAGAUUAUAUCUGCAGGUACAAAAGCGACAGCGCAAGCGUCUGCCGUGAGCCAGGAAGACGCCGCGUCGAAGGCGACUGCAUCGCUCGACCAAGCCAUAAACCGGCUCCAGACGCUCAAGCGGAAACUUUCGGCGCUUAAUAGCUCUACGGAGCAGCUGUAUAGACAGUCCGCUGCGCGAGUGCAGCACCUCGAGGAUUUGUACAAGAUCCCAAGCCUCGCAGACGUCAAAUACGAAGAAUGGAGCAGGAUCCGGCUGGAUCGGUUACUGAUUGACUACCUGCUGCGGAUGGGCUACACAGAGUCGGCGAAGGCGCUUGCGCGAGAGAAAAACAUCGAAGAUCUCGUGGACUGUGACGCUUUUGAACAGUGCCGCAAGGUGGAGCAAAGCCUUCGAAUAGAGAGAAGAGUCGACGCGGCGUUGGCAUGGUGCAACGAGAACAAAGGCACGUUGAAGAAGAUGGGAAGCAACACGCUGGAGUACGAACUGCGGCUACAGCAGUACGUUGAGCUCGCGAGAACGGGGCAUCGCACUGGCGAUCUUAAGAAGUUCAACGAGGCCACGACACAUGCGAAGAAGUAUCUUAGCAGCCACCCCGAGUGGUCGUGGAAGACACGAGCUGCAAUGCUUCUUGCCAUCCCGCCGGCUGAGGAUAUCGAGACCCAAAACAUGGACAUUGAUGACCCAUACAAUAAACUAUACUCGCCUACGCGCUGGUCAUACCUCUCGUCUCUUUUCCUCGAAACCCACCACUCCAUGUACCAACUCCCUCAGUCUCCGCUUCUACACAUGGCCCUUACAGCAGGUCUCUCCGCUUUAAAAACCCCGGCUUGCCAUUCAAAAUACAUAUCGCCCACGUCGGGCCUCAACAGCUCACCUUCGCAUCUCCCCUCUGGUGCGCUUUCACCACCUCUGAGAGACGACUUCGACUCCAUGGAUGGCGUAGUGAAUGGUUCGAAUGGUGGCGCCGAGGCGAUGAACCUAUCAUCGAGCGUAUGCCCGAUCUGCAGCACGGAGUUGAACAAGCUGAGCAAGCACCUGCCUUUUGCACACCACGGGAAGAGCCAUGUAGAACACGACCCCGUGAUGCUGCCUAACGGCCACGUUUACGGGCGCGAACGUCUGGAAAGGCUGAGCGAGAAACUAGGAACACGGGAAGGAUGGGUCAAAGACCCCAUAUAUCGGGAUACGGAGUACAAGUGGGAGGAAGUGCAAAAGGUCUUCUUUCUUUAGACGAUGCUCGCGGGACACAUGUUUACGAGCAUCUCGGAAUAGAUAUGGGAGCCUAUAGCUCGCGAUAUCGUUUGAGCGAGUGACCAGAGACAUGACUACUACAACUUUGGUCGAGAUACGCGCAGAGACCGCCACAGUCAGUGCGUAGUUUCACUUGCUGUGCUUAAAUUUUCCAGAAGAGAAAGAAAUGAAAAAAGAACCGUCGUCGAACCCCUUCGGACGCGACGCUAGUCUCGACCUUCCGUUUUCCUCGUGUCGAUUCCUAUCUAUUCUAGGCUUUCGAAGUAGCUUUCGACACGCUGCCAUGUAGCGCUCCAACAAAUUACUUGCAUCGCGGAGAGAAAUAGAAGAGCUUGAACUUUCGACGAGCUGCUGUCUUCGCUGGCGACGAUGGUUGCCACCUGCAAAGGGGUCUCUGCGUUCCAACUCCCGGCAGAAGCCAACGUCCAGUUUUUGAUCCACUCCCUCAGCGCUUCUCCCACUCGCCCACAAGGUGCCGAGAGCUCGCCAUCGUCGGCGUCCCAACUCCACGUCGACCUUCCACUCGGCGUGUUCAAAACGCCGCCCUUGCACCAGUCCAUCGCCCCCUCCCUUCCAGACUUUGCGAAUGCACCGGUCAACCUCGCCAGGAAACGUGCGCGCCCAUGUGGCCGUUUCCCAAAAGUCCCCGCGCCGUGUUGUCUCGACGCAACCUUGUACCGACGUCGCAGACCCGCGCAUUGCUAGGAGCCAGGCAGGAUCCGACUUUCUGGCCUAUUACGAACGAAACCGUCAAAGCUCUGUCCUGUGCAGAGAAUAAGGAAGGAGGGUUGGACCGAGUCUGUCCCGCUUCCCCUGCAGAACGUUCAAAGCGAGUUUUGCUUACACGGGGCCUGAAGAAAUUCGGUCGACGAGAAGGAAGCAC